GCCAUUGCUAGUAUGCAACUCAGAUGACAGUGAUAGGUUAUCUAAGUUUGAAAGGAAUGCGUCCUUGGACCGUAGCUCCUAAUAACCUACAUUGACAUCCACACGGGAUUUAAGCAACACCAGGUUUGAUACUCAUAAACACUGCACUUAUGGCACUGCAAUCCACCCCAGAAUACACAACUUACUGGACAGGAUAGGCUCGUUAAAGUAUGGACAACCUGAGACGACCAGGCAUCGAAUCGAUCUCAAAACCGCUAAGCCCUCACUACUGGCUUUACCAUCAGAAGCUCUUCUUGGGGUGUUCGUACCUGGUUUGCCUAUCACAUGUCCUGACAUUCCAUUUUGAUUUUUUUUAAACAUAUCAGACCGUGAUCAAAUGUUGUUUGUGUGGUGAUCCGAUGAUUCAUGAUCACUCAGUGACUGGUGUCAUCAUGGGUUGCGACUUGUAUCCAAUGUUUCCAGAUUCUGAAACACUUUACAGAAAAGCAAGCACAGCAUAUGAAGCUAUCCAUAGCAUAGCCGCUAUUUUGGACCUCGAUCUUCGUGUAAGGGGCCAUCUCAAUAGGUGAAGGAGAAGGUGAAGCAAGUCACGAUGAAGUUCAAGUUAUGGAUGUUAGUCAUAAUGGUUCUUUGUGUUUCACUGUGGCUUGUGACUCGGCAUGGCAUUCCAAGCGAAUAUAAUGAAAUCAGCAAGCACCCGUUUUCACAUGGAUAUGUACCAGAAUCAAACAGAGUAGACGACACGUCAGUGAAACUUGGCAUUCAGUGUGUGGGAGCAGGACCAAUUGAGGCAGAAGAUCUGUUCUGUAUGGAAAGACCCCAAUAUCUGCCAGACUUUAAGAACCCCUGCUGGUUCGCAAAAGAAGACGGGAAGUUACGCCUCAAGUGUGUGCCUUACUUCCAUCUUCUGGGUGUGUGCAAGUCGGGGACCACCGACCUCGCCUACCGCAUAAGGGCCCAUGAAGACGUGCUCGAAUGCAAUGAUUGUCGCGGAAAGAAGGAAUGUUUUUACUGGUGCCGCAGAAGAUAUGGUUAUGAAUGGUCCAUGAAAGAGAGGACACCCUGCAACUUCAGCUGCUUUCAACAUAUGUUUGCUGACGCUGCGCAAAAGAUAGAACAGACAACUACAGAAACAGGCUAUCACAAUAUGAUUACAGGUGACGCAACUCCAUCAGAUUUUAGCGAUUUCCGAGGAUGGCCAAAAAUACCACAAAAUGUAGGUUCAGAGAAACCAGUGGUUAUGACACCCCAUCUUAUGAGACACGUGUAUACAGAUCCGAAGUUCAUUCUCAUCUUCAGAAAUCCAACUGAAAGGUUAUAUUCUGAUUACACAAUGCGGGGCGGAAGAUCAGCUGUGGCUUUUCACGAAGCUGUGAGAAGAGAUAUCCAGACCGAGGAGACAUGCAUGAAGAACCACACGGUGGAACAUUGUCUGUACAGCCUGGAGAUAGCACGAACACUUCGGACUCGGAUCUUCUUAGGGUGCUAUUCAGUGUACAUGCGAGAAUGGCUGAAAGUUUUUCCCAGAAACCAAUUCCUUAUUUUGCGAACAGAGGACCACGAUGAAGAUCCAAAAUCUCAGUUAAGAAAAGUGUACAACUAUUUGAAACUGAAUUAUACUGAAGAUUGGUUGAGUUUCAUCGCCAAUGUGCCUCAUCAGCAUGUAUCUCAGAAGAAGAUAAGACAGGGUCCUAUGCUUGAAAAGACACGUGUUCUGCUGGACAAUUUUUACAGCAGAUACAAACAGGAUUUGUCAAAUAUACUCCAGGAUAAGAGAUUUCUGUGGGUGACAUAAAACCUGCUGAAAAGACAUUAAAUGUGGAGGAUAAAACCAAUGUGCAAAUAGUUGGCAAUUAUAAGUAACUGGAUAUAUCGUAAAAUAAAA